AUGGACGUGAAGAAUAUGAGAAAUGAAUUCAUUCUCGAGGAAGAAAUCAACGUCUUUGAUGAAUACAAAUCGUACAUAAGUGAUAGUAACAACAACCCCAGAAGCGAAAAAAAAGUGUCAAGUCAUUCAAGUAAAAAUUACAAUGAGGAGGAGGAAGAAGAGGAGGACGACAACAAGCACAGGAAGGAGAAAACAAAUUCGCGCAUUGUGCAGGAUGGCCAGCAGGGAGGGAAGCCAAGCCGAGCGGGCCACCCCAAAAGGAACGAUCCGGAAAAUGUCACCAGUGGGAGCGGUGCGAAUGGUGCGAGCGGUGCGAGCGGUGAAGAAGGUACCACCCACGCCAAUGACGAUGACAGCAGUUUGAAGGCCCGCGAAAGGAGGACCCCAUCGGGCAAGUGCCCAGCCGAAAGCGCAGAAAAUAAAAACGUGUCCGUGAAGGACAAAAUGAGGGAAGACCCAUGUUAUGUACCCAAGGAAGCAAGGUAUUUCCUGCACGAUAACAGAUUCGAAAAUAAUGAGAGUAAAGGGAAGAAGAAAGCCGGUGAAAAAAAAAAAACAGGAAAUAAUAAAACGACCUACAUAGAUGAAAAAAGGUGGAAGCAUGACCUCUUUUAUGAUUAUAAAUACGAUGAAUAUUAUGGGAAGGAAAGAAAUCACAACAAGAAAUACAGCAACGGUAUGUACAGCAACGGUGUAUACAGUAACGGCAUGUAUAGUAACGGCAUGUACAGCAAUGGCAUGUACAGCAAUGGUAUGUAUAGUAAUAGGUAUUAUGGGGCCAAAAACAGUAAACAUGAAAAGAAUGGCUACUCAAUGGCCUAUAAAAAUAAUAGCAAGGAUAAUUACUACUAUGAUAAUAACAGGGGGAAAAACUCCAAAGUUUUUAACUACAGUAAUAAGUACUAUGGGGAAGCUACCAAAGGGAAAACGCCCACUGUGAAACGGGACAACAGAACGAACAGCUUCUAUGAGACGAAGCAGAUGGAUUUGUGUGCUGAUAAGGUGAAAGUGGGGAAAUUCAUCGAAAAGGAAGACUUAGGAAAGGAUGAAGGAGAUGGGGGUGGCGGUGGUGGAGGAGGAGAUGGUGGACGUGCCCUCUCCAUUUUGGGGGCACACCCAGAUGGGGAGGCCUCCCUCGCAACAGACGCCCAUGGGCAGAUAAACAAUUCGGAAAAGAAAACGAAGAAACAGACGCUGCUCAAGAAAUGUAAAAAUGAAAAGGGCGAAGUGAGCCCCAGUGAAAAUAACAAACCAGUUGGUGACGAACCUGACGAAGUGGCAGAAGUCGUUGGUGUGCUCGCCAUGGAUGGAGCCCCUGCAACGAAUGAUGCGGUGGAGCGCGGUGAAAUGUCGGCAAAGGGCACCAAGGAAGGACACCGAGAGUGUCAACAGGAUGAAAUGAAGGCGGAGAAGGGAGGGAACAAAGGUGCACACGGAAGUGAUAAAAAAAGGGAAGACAAAAGAGAGGAUGUUCUCAUCGCCAAGAACGCGGAGGAAGAGGCGGAGCCUAGCCAAACCCAAAGCAACACCCCGAGCAAAAAAAGAAUGGAUGGAAAGGAAAAAAAAGAAUUCGCAAAGGCAACUCAAAACGGAGGUGAAGGAAAGAAGUACGUAGCGCCCUACAAAUCUAAGUCAAGCUACAACAGUAAUAACAAUUACAUAAUGAACGACCGAGGCAGCUCGAGCAAAUACCAAGGAGCGCGAUUCGUCUAUUUGAAGGACGAAAGUUAUGCCUCCCAAUCGAGUUUAAAAAAGAAAUACAAUAGUAAAAGGAACUACCUAUAUGAGGAGAAUUACAACAACGCCAGUUCCUACGCGCAUGCAAAUAGUGGCAACGCAGACUACGCGAGGAAGACGUAUGCCGCGAAAAAUAAGUAUGCAGGACCACCCCCCUCAGGUGGGAAUAACCCCUCGAACGUCAACUCUGGUGCGAAUAACAACCACCUUAACAACAACUACAGCAACGGUAAUGGCCACCCCGCAAUUGGCAAUUACCAGCGGAAUCACCACCACGCGUAUAAUGACAGUGAGAGGAACGGCCCAGAAAAACCACACCAUGACGAGCACCCCCAUGAAAAGAACUACAAUCCUGGUAGGGGCUUCCUCAGGGAGAACAAAACCCCCACGGAGAGGGAGAAAAACGAAUACAAGUACAGGUCCUCCAGGAAGUAUGCAAACAGUGCGGGUGGAAACGCAGUGGGGGUGAAGAAGAAGGGCGAACAGAAGAGUGAAACAAAGGGAGAACAGAAGAGUGAACUAAAGGGAGAACAGAAGAGUGAAGCAAAAGGAGAUCAGAAGAACGAACUGAAGAGCGAGCCACCUGCGCAACAUCCCGGGGAGGAAGAACCUGCGAAGAAGAAGAAAGAGAAAUAUGCCAGUAAGGAAAACGGUGCAGAUAAAUCUCCCAGCCGUGUGCCCCCAGGAAAAGGAGCCACGGAUGAGAAGGACGCUGACGCCAAGUACGGAAGCAGCAAUGAAGAACAUGCGAAGGAAAACGACACGGGGAGAGGAAGCUAUAAAAAGAAAAAAAAAGGGAGCAGCAUGAGGACCUAUGACCACACAGAUAGUUACAGGGAAAAGGGAAAACAGGACAACGCCGAUGACACAUUCUAUUAUGAAAAUGAAAAAAGCGAAAGAAAAUGGGAUGAUAAUAGUAGGUAUUACAAGGAGAGUAAAAAGGAGAGGGAGAAAUAUGUGCCAAAUGGGAAGAACGUCAAACAGGGGAAAUACGGAAGUGACACCAAGUAUGGAAGGAGCUACGCUGGUAAGGGAACGGACAAGAGGAACCGAGCACAGGAUGGCAGUAACGAUGUGAGUGAGGUGGCGGACCAGGUAAACUCACACCUCAUCAGAGCAAAGGAUGUCGCAAAUGUGAAGCGUGACGGUAGCACCGCUCGUGAGGAUACACAUAUGGUGGCUACCCAGGACGCGGACAGAAUGAAGGCCCCCAAGGGGAAGGAACAGAGCAGCGGUGGAAAGGUUCAGGAGCAUAGAAGGGGUGACAAGGAGGGCAAAGACGAUGAAGUUAACCAUGUCGAUGUGCAUGGAGAGGGUAACAACAAGGUCGCCCAGGAUGGUGACGAGUCGAACAGCUGCCAGCAGAACAGCGGCGAAGUGAAGAGCGGCGAACCGAACUUCCCCGAACCCACUCACAAACGCGAGGCAGCGGAGGAGAACCCCCCGAGCCAUGAGAAGGAUGAACACAAGACGGAGUCCAGCGCAGACGGAAAGGCAAACAUAACAGCCGGUCCAUCCCUCGAUAGGAGCAAAAAGGCGAACAACAAUUUUAAGCCCCAUGGAAAUGCAUUCCCCAAAAAGAAAACUAGAAACCAGCAGAAUUAUGACACUAACAAUGAGUUCAGCGGUAACAAUGUGAACAGCGGCAACCACGUGAACAGUGGCAGCAGUGUGAACAGGAAGAACGACGCGAACAACCCGAACAACGCGAACAACCCGAACAACGCGAGCAACGCGAACAGCGCAUUUACGAAACAGUACUCGCAUAAGGGAACAUAUACCAAUAUGAAAAGGAAAAAAAAAGAAGAUUUUGUGAAUAGCGCAACGCAACAUAGAGGAGCAACUUCUGCAACAGGAGGGGGAAAUGAAUUCUCCAAUGGGAAAGCCUUUAAUUAUAAAAAGAGUCAUGACGAGCAUAGCAGCACCAAUAUGGGUAGCAACACGCAGGUGCCUUUUGGAGACGGCAGGAAGAAUGCCACGGGCCCGCAUGACGCGAACAAGAACUUUCAGCCAAAUGAGAAGCGCUACGAUGGGUACACAAAUGGGGAGAAACCCUAUGAUGGUAAUUUUGCAAGUAAUGGCAGCCCCGGGUACGGGGGCGCCUGCGGCUACGAGGGUAGCGGUGUGGGAAGCGGUGUGGGAAGCGGUGUGCCAAACGGUGCGGCAAGUGGCAUGGCAAGUGGUAUGACAAACGGCAUGCCUAGCGGAAGCGGAAACGGAAACGCCACUGGCAACUGCGGCGCCGGCGGGAACUUCUACUACCCGGAAGGCUUCUACCCCCCCGGUGGCGCCAACUACAUGGGAGACAACCCCGCCUUCUUUGGAGACAACCGCUACAUGAACCACCCCAUGAACGACCACUACAUGGGGGGAAACUACAUGGGCGGCAACUACAUGACCAACCAGAAUUACCUGAACGACCCCAACUACAUGGCCAACCAGAACUACAUGAAUGACCCCAAUUACAUGAACGACCCAAACUACAUGCGAAACAGGAGCUGCCUUGGCACCCAGAAUUGCCCUAACUAUAUGAACGACCCGAAUUACAUGAACGACCAGAGCUACAUGAACGACCCCAACUACGUGAGCAACGCUAACUAUGUGGGUGAUCCCAAUUAUGUGAGCGACCCCAAUUAUGUGAGCGACCCCAAUUAUGUGAGCGACCCCAACUACCUUAGCAACCCGAACUGCAUGAACAACAACCCCAGUUAUGCGAAUAACAACCCAGGUUAUGCGAGCAACCCCAAUUAUGCGAGCAACCCCAAUUAUGCGAGCAACAACCCCAAUUAUGCUAACAACAACCCCAGUUAUGCGAACACCCCUAGUUAUCCGAACACCCCUAGUUAUCCGAACAACCCCAACUACAUGAACAGCCCAAACUACAUGAACACCCCUAACUAUAUGAAUGACGGGUACGUCCAUGAUGCCUACAUGAACAACACCUAUAUGAAUGGGGGGAGCACCUACUACUAUGACCCCAUGUAUGGGAGCUACCCCAACGAGAAUGACCAGUACUACUACAAUGAGGGUAACAAGUACCAGUAGAGCAGUAGGGCAGUAUAGCAGUAGAGCAGUAGAGCAGUAGGGCAGUAUAGCAGUAGAGCAGUAGAGCAGUAGGGCAGUAUAGCAGUAGAGCAGUAGAGCAGUAGAGCAGUAGAGCAGUAGAGCGGAGGAAUGGGUCCAUCGAAUCAACCUGGUGGACGCGUUUCCCUCUAUGCGUUGUUCUCCCCGUGGUGUUUUCCCCCCCGGUUGUCUGCACCCGUGAGUCGCACCUCCGGUGGGUGAGGCGACAAGCAUGUGUAUGUAGCAUGUGUGUGUGUAGCAUAUGGGUGUGCACCAUAUGUGCAUGCAAGCAUGUAGCCACAUUUGUGUAUACCUGUGCGCCCCCACCCACCAAGGGUACUACUACGAGGCGGAUAUGCCAAUUGUCUGUGCAGGCGGGUGUGUACGCGUUUCCGCCGGAGUCACGCCAACCGUUUGUGCGCGCACGAGGACGAAGUGGUCAAAUUGUGCGAAGUGUACGCCUGUGUGAUGAACCUUCCUCAUUCUCUCCACGUCCGGUUACCCGCCCCAUUCGUGUUUCUUCACUGUCAUUUCCCCACUACCUACCUUACCUGCUUACCCCCUUACCUUUUUUUUUUUUUUUUUUUUGUUAAGAACCCCUUUUCUUUAAUAUUGUAUCUAUGCCUAUGCAACCAUUACACGCUUGCACGAAUGGCCCCGUUUUUGCAUCUCCAAAUUCUGUGCAUGUGAGCCCCUUGCUUAGGUGUUCACAAUUUAUUUACCUUUUGCUCCUUUGUGAUUAUAGUAAUUAAAGAAGUGUGUUCACGUGCAGAUGCCUAUAUGUGUGCCUACCUACCUACCCACGUACGUA